AUGCUGUGCUUCCUCGACCGCAUCAACAUCGGCAAUGCGCGUAUCCAAGGAUUGGCCAGGGACCUCGACAUGGUGGAAGGCGUCAAGUUCAACUGGGCCCUCUCCAUCUUCUACAUCAUCUACCUGCUCGUCGAGGUGCCCAGCAACAUCCUCCUCAAGGCCAUUGGAGCGCGUUUCUACCUCCCACUUCUCGUCUGCGGCUUCGGCCUCGUCUCGUUGUGCACCGCCUUCGUCAAGAAUUUCGCUGGUCUCAUGGUCGCCCGUUCGUUCCUGGGUGUCUUUGAGGGUGGUGCCAUGCCUGGUAUGGCCUUCUUCCUGAGCUGCUUCUACAAGCGCAACGAGCUCCUGUUCCGCAUCGGUAUUUACGUCUCGGCUGCUUCCAUCGCCGGUGCUUUUGGUGGUCUCCUGGCCGCCGCCUUGUCCCAGAUCCCCUCGUGGGGAGCCGCGGGCGCCGAGAUCCACACGUGGCGCAACAUCUUCUUCUUUGAGGGUCUCAUCACCGUCAUCAUUGGUCUUUUGGCGCCCAUUUGGAUGCCUACUGAUCCGUCGACCGCCUACUUCCUCAACGAACGCGAACGAAAGAUCGCCGCUGAGCGUUUGUUGCGUGAGCACAGGUCUGAUCCCGCCAGGAAGGUCACCUGGGCCGAUGUCAAGGCUGCUGUUUUCUGCAUCCACAACUACACCUGCGCCCUGGCCUUCUUCCUCAUCAACAUCACCGUCCAGGGUCUCUCGGUGUUCCUGCCCACCAUCCUCAACGACCUCGGCUGGACCAACACCCAAGCUCAGCUCUACUCUGUGCCUCCCUACGUGUGCGCCUGCGUGGUUGCCAUCGCCGUGGCGUGGCUCAGCGACAAGUCCGGGCAGCGUGGUGUCUGGCUGGGUUCGUUUGCCUGCCUCGCCGUGGUUGGCUUCGCCAUCCUGCGAUGGGUCGAGAACACCAACGUUCGCUACAUGGCCGUGUUUUUUGUCACCAUCGGUGCUUUCCCGGGCGGCCCUGGUUUCCUUAGUUGGGCGAUGAACAAUUCUGCGGGGCCUUCGGUUCGGGCUGUUACCAGCGCCUAUGUUGUCACGCUUGGAACCAUUGGUGGUAUCGUCGCAACUUGGACCUACAUCUACUACGACGGUCCCAAGUACCACACUGGCCACACCAUCAACCUCGUUGGCCAAAUCGUCACGGUAUGCUGCGCCCUGUUUGGCGUCUUGUACUGUGCGCGGGAGAACAGGGUUCGGGCCGCUGGAAAGCGCGAUCACCGUCUGGAGGGUCUGACCGAGGAGGAGGCCGAGGAACUGGGCAGCAGACACCCACGUUUCCGCUACUGGACUUGA